AUGUCCUUACACCGUGAUCGUCGAACGAGCCGAUCCCAAGCAUCCUCCCCUCGUCCGCAGCCUCGCGCCCGUUCUCUUCCUCUGACGUAGCCCACACCCCCUGUUUCACGGUCGCCCAUUGGCCAAGUCACGCCGCCUUCACCGACGGCGACUGGCACUGGCCCGUUGCUGCUCAGGCUGCGUAGCUCUGGCCACCGCUCGCCUCGAACCGACCCCAACGUUGUCCUCGACCGCCGUGACUUCUUACGUCAUCAACCGACCGACGAUAUGUAAGCUCUCCCCUGCGUGUGUGUUGGCCCGAAGCUGCUGGGUCGAUCCGAUCCCGCCCGCCCUCGCGCCGUCGUUCUCACGCUCGCUCGUCCCCCCCUCUCGCGCGCUCACUCACUCGCCCGACUGACUGGCUGAUGCCGAUGCUGAUGCCGAUCCCCUCCGAUCGAUCCAAUUCGCACUACACCGACCCCCAACUCGCCCACCAAAAGGGGCCUGCAACACCGAGAAUACCUCACUUCGGACGUCAAAGUGUUUGGCUGCCGCACGUGCAAGACCCACCUGAGCAUACACGAGCACAUCGAAUCAAAGGUAAACCCACCCCACCCCGCGAUCAUGAAACUCUGUGUCCCCCACAUCACCCGAACGAACACGCGCAACUGCUGACGGCCGACAUUCUCGGAACUUGCGCGCAGAACUUUAAUGGACAGCAUGGAAGGGCGUAUUUGUUCACGACCGUGUGAGUUCCCCCGAGUCGGUUUUCCAUUCAACGGUGGGGAGCAAGUGGGGCCCAAGAAGUGCGCGCCAGGGGGGGAGGGGGGGGGGGGGGGGCGGGACUCUCCACUCCCCAUCUUCCCUCUACGAGUUCACGUCCCUGAUCAGUCCCCAAGAUCCUCUUUUUCCGAUCCAGAUACAACAUCAACGCCGGACCACCCGAGGACCGACCGAUGACGACGGGGUUGCAUACCGUGAGGGACAUCAGCUGUGCCAAAUGGUAGGUCCUUGCUUGGCAGGAUCUGCAGCAAGAAUGGAGCGGCCGAGCGAAAUUCUCUUCGAGGCAUCGUAGAUUGGCACCGCUAACACUUUGUGUGCAUUCCUGUCAUCAGUGGGGAUGUUUUGGGGUGGAAAUACGGCACGUCCUCACUCCCUCUCUUACCCCCCCCCCCCCCCCCCCCCCUACUCGCGACCGAGCCCAAACUCACCUCCCUCUUCCCUGCCUCGUCCGUAGACAAAGCCUACGACGCCUCGCAAAAGUACAAGGAAGGUAAAUUCAUUCUCGAGCGGACACUGACCGGUGAGUGA